AGACGACAACAGUACUUGCUGAAGCACUGUACUAGUGUGCACUGAUUUGUUGUAACCUGCCCAGGGACUACGGAUGAAAGUAGCUUGAAGUAUAAAACUGAAACGCUGAUUAAUGUGCAUUGUCCCUGGAAUGGCAAACCCAAGUCGAACCUUUUCUAAUGUGAAGAAUGUGAUCCUGUCAGCCCAUAAAAAUACAGGGGCCCAUGAUAAGGUCAGCUUCUAUGAUACCUGGGCUGAGAACUAUGAGCAGGAUGUAGAGCUACUAGAUUAUCGGGCCCCCUUUUUAGCGGCUGAAUGUGUCAAUUCAUUUUUUAGUGGUGACAGGGAGAAAGCCACCGUCCUGGAUGUGGCCUGCGGAACAGGGCUGGUCUCUUCACAUUUGAAGAAAAUGGGGUUUCAUCACUUUGCGGGAGUGGAUGGAAGUAUGAGGAUGCUGGAACUAGCCAAGAAAACAGGACUCUAUCAGCAGCUUACUCAAUGCCUGCUUGGUCAUGAUCCCAUUCCUGUUGAAGUUGCUUCAUUUGACAUUGUUAUAAUUGUUGGAGCUCUGAGCAUUGGGCAGGUGCCAUUGACAGUCAUCAGUGAGCUCUGCGAAGCUACAAAACCAGGUGGCUAUGUGUGCAUGACUACAAGAGGUAACGCAGAUAACCGAGAGUACAAGGCUGAACUGGAACAAAUAAAUAAAGCACUUGAGGAGGAGGAGAAAUGGAGCCGUGUUACUGUAGUUGAGGUGGAGGAGUGGGAGAAGUCGGUUUCAGAACAGGACAGCGGGUACAUUCCUGGUGCUAUUUAUCUGUAUCAGAAAAGUUUGAAACAUUCUCAAUUAUUGUAGCGGCACACAAGGUCAACCCGGCGCUGGUUUUGCCAAAGUGAUGGAGGAGCCCAAGUCAGAGACAGACUAGCUGUGAAAGGACCAAAUUAAAUAUAUACGCCAUAUUAUACUGAUACACUCAAUUCCCAGUAGCCUAAUCCAUAUUAGGAAUUCUACUGAUUGGAAUCUGUGUUGUAUUGCGAGGGGAGUCCACCAGCAGGUGGUGGUAUUAUUUCAGAAAUUACAAUCACUUCUUGUGAAAAUCCUUUUGUUCCCUAGAGAAGCGCUUGACAAAUAUGAUGCAAUCCACUUGUUUUGGCAAUGUAUGAGUACACCUGGCACUGGCAAACAAUGCAGUCAUUUUAAACACCACAAAGGUGUACAAAACAUGAACCCAAUGGCUUUUGAGAGAAAUGUCUGAGGUGUGUGUUUACAAAUCUACCAUCCCCCAGUUACUGUACAUCUAACCUUUUAGUUUGCCACUCCUCGAUACUCUGGCCACUUGUCGAAAAUGUCACUUCUGCAGGUGUGAUGUGACCCAAAUAAACACAAUUUGUGGUUUCAAUCUGUGGAUUAGAAUAUUAUAUUUUGGAUUAAACAGUCUCUUUGUCCAAUAUCUGUAUCCAUAAACAAUAAAUGCCCAACAGAGAAAAUUUAAAUCUUUUGAAUUGGUGUAAAGAUAAAUAUACAUUGCAUGUUAAAUAAACAAAUUCCAAAAGUCCACAGUUUCGAUUUUUUUCAGCUUGCUUCACUUUAGACAAGUUCAGAACAGGCAGAAUCACGUUUUUCUGUUUGACUAAAGAGACAUUUUAAGAGCAUAAUUGUUUAGACUGCAUUAAGAAAAUGUAUAUUUAUACAUAAUGAAAAUCUUAACAACAUCUAGUUCAGGUUAAUUUUUAAGCCAAAUGGACAGAUUCUGAGAAUUCAGACACAAAGUACUCAUGAGUGUGUAUUUCAGUCUCUAUGGUAAACUCUCCUUGCACACACAGAAACUCCCAUUUAGUCCUUUCAAGUGCUGUAUAUCCUGACAAAAUGCAAAGCGCUGUCAUGAGAUGAUACUCUCUGUUAAACCGGUUUGACCUGGAUCUUUCAUUCCAUUCCGGGCUCGCAUGCAAAACAGGCUAACAAUAAAGAAAGUGUUCUUUUCUCUCCAUUGCAAAAUCUGAACCAGACCAUUGUCCAUCAAAGCUUUAAAGGUCCAUAUGUGUGGCCAAGAUCAUAAAAU